ACCUUCUUGAGCUUUUCUUCUUCUUCUCCACCAAAACCCAAAGCUUGAUAAACCCUAACCCUAACCCUAGAAAGAGGGAAGCGAAGAAGUAGGAAUGGAGGGGAUCUCAUACCAGCGAUUUCCGAAGAUUAGAGUCAGAGAGAUGAAGGACGACUACCUCAAGUUCGAUCUCACCGACACCGAUGCGAGCAUGGCCAACGCUCUCCGCCGCGUCAUGAUCGCCGAGGUGCCCACCAUCGCCAUCGAUCUUGUCGAGAUUGAGGUCAAUUCCUCCGUCCUCAACGACGAGUUCAUCGCUCACCGCCUCGGCCUCAUCCCCCUCACCAGUGACUUUGCCAUGGGCAUGCGCUUCUCUCGGGAUUGUGACUCUUGUGAUGGCGAUGGCCAGUGCGAGUACUGCUCCGUCGAGUUUCAUCUCAAUGUUCGCUGUGACUCUGAUCAGACUCUCGAUGUCACCAGCGCUGAUCUUCGUAGCACCGACCCCCAUGUCGUUCCUGUCGAUGUUGCCGCUCGCGCUCUGUCUACCGACCCUGCCUCUUUCGAUUCGGACCAGAGGGGUAUCAUUAUUGUCAAACUGCGUCGUGGUCAAGAAUUGAGACUUCGAGCAAUAGCCAGGAAGGGAAUUGGCAAGGACCAUGCCAAAUGGUCACCUGCUGCAACUGUCACCUUCAUGUAUGAGCCGGAGAUUCAUAUCAACGAAGAUCUAAUGGAAACACUUACACUUGAAGAGAAAAGAAACUGGGUUGAAAGCAGCCCCACAAAAGUUUUUGACAUUGAUCCUAACACUCAGCAGGUUAUGGUGGUAGACCCAGAGGCAUACACCUACGACGAAGAAGUGAUCAAGAAAGCCGAAGCCAUGGGGAAACCAGGACUGGUCGAGAUAUAUGCCAAAGAAGACGGCUUUAUAUUCACCGUUGAAUCAACGGGCGCCAUCAAGGCUUCUCAGUUAGUAAUCAAUGCUAUAGAGGUUCUCCGACAGAAGCUUGACGCCGUUCGCAUGCAAGAUGCUGAAGCUGAUUUCAAAGAAUUCAGCGAACAUUUGGGUGUUUAACUUGCCAACUUUGCCAAAUUUCAAAGUAUUCUAUGAACAUUUUGGUGUUUAUAACUUUCCAAAUCUUUCAACUUGUGAAAUUGGUUCUUACCUCAUGUAACACUGUUUCUUGUUGAAACUCUGUCUAUACAGUGCAAUGAUGGUUAAGUUUCUUUACUUUUAGCAUGUCAUUAA